CAUACGUCCAUUGACACCAGACAACUAUUAUAGGCGUUAGAUCAAUCUCUCGUAUCACAGGUGAUCAGAGAGCUACCACGUUUAUCUCCCGGAUACUUAGCCACAUCCAAAGCAUAACGCAGUUUUCUUAAAGCCCCGUUGGUAGUCAGGACUGCUACGAAUCAUACACCCUGGUCAAGCCACUGAUCAUAGGUACCAGCAUCAUUACAUUACAUUGCAUUCCUCAGAGCCAUUACUUAUGAGCAUAUAACUACACUCCCCUGCAUCUUAUUAUUGUGAUUCAUUAUUGAGUCAUUGCAUCUUUAAUUGUCGUUAGCAUCGAAAUGAUGGAUGAAUACGAAAGGUACGAUGGUGGUGAACUACUUAGAAACAGAUACCUCAAGGUAGGAGACAUCAGCGAAGGUUCCUAUGGGCUAGUCUCGGUAGCCAAGGAUACGAAAGAAGGGGACCGUUUCGUAGCCGUCAAGUUCAUUUAUCCUGUGGAUUACAAAAAGACCAAGAAGUCAUCGAGACCUUCAUCCAGUCCAGUCCGGCUUAGAUCCACUACAGAAAAACCUUCAGAAGCCUCGAUUUGGAAAAGUCUUUAUGACGAGGCCCAAAAGGAAAUCAAGAUCCACAAUAUUUUGGGAACUCACCCAAACAUCUCAUCAUUAUAUGAUCAUUUCGAUUCAUGUUUAGUGUUAGAGUACUGUUCCAGAGGUGAUUUAUACGAGGCCAUUCAUAACGGAAAGGGUCCCUCUACCUCGCAGGAUAUUAAGGAUGUGUUCCACCAAGUACUCAAUGCCUUGGAAUUCUGUCAUUCUCACAGUGUCUACCAUCGUGACUUGAAGCCGGAGAAUAUAUUGAUUACUGAAGAUUGGUCGAUCAAAUUGUGUGAUUGGGGAUUGGCAACUACCACAAAAAUCAUCACCAAUAGGGCUGAGUUUGAUAUCGGCUCAGAGCGGUACAUGGCUCCUGAAUUAUUUGAUGAUGAGAUUGAAAGCUAUGACGCAUCCAAAAUUGAUAUUUGGUCAGUCGGAAUCAUUUUGUUGACUUUGGUUUUCCACAAAAAUCCAUUUCAAGUAGCCAACUACUCUGAUAAGCGUUUCCUUCAGUUUGUUGGCAAUCGUGAAGCUUUGUUUGAUAUUUUCUCCACCAUGAGUGGUGAUAUGUUUUCGGUCUUGAGAUUUUGCUUGAACAUCGAUCCCACAAAUCGUGAUUUGGCAAGUCUUAGAACUGAGCUAAACUCCUUGAAGUAUUUCACUAUUGAUGAAGAAUAUUGGGGAAGUGAUUAUGAUGAAGAGGACGAAUUAGAGGAUGAAGUUGAGGCCAGAGAUGAGGACGAAGUGUUUUACUACAAGAAGGAACCGGUUUUGUCUAUUUCUCCCGUGAAACAAGCACCUAUUAUAACUACUUCCGAUUUUGAUGCUGCAGAGUCUCCAUUAAUUGAAGAUAAGCAGAUCCCAUCAGAGCAAGUAAAAUUCAGGGUACUGGUUGAUGGGCCCCAUAUGCCUCAUAAUCAUAGGGCAGAUGCUCUUCUUUCAUCAAACACCAGCUUAAAACCAAUUCCGAUCGGAGGUUCGAAUUUCCGAAACAUUCGAAACACGCGUAAGCCCUUCACUGUGGCGUCAUAUAACCAAUCAUCCCAGAAUAAUGGACGUUUCGGUAAUAACAAGUUCAACAGAGAGGAUUUCUUUACUCCUAAGUCGGUUUUCAAUCAUUACAUGGAUAAAUAUGGUGAGCAAAGGUUUGGAAACAGCAAUCAAAACGGCUCUCAUCAAAGACAUGGUGGUAGCAGAAACCUCGAUAGUAGAACAAAAGGAAGAAAGCCAAGAUCAUGGAAGAAAGCUUACAAAAAAGGGAAACCAAGGGACAAAAAUUUGAACGUCAAUCGCCAUCAUAAUGGGCAUGAUUAUUCCCAUCAAACAGGAUAUGACACUAACAGGCAAACAAGUAGACAUGGAGGAAACAGAAGAAAGUCCAGACUGUUCUCAACUGGGAAGCAACAAAAGAUUCCCACUAGCAACUCAAACACCAUAGCUAGCACUUUCCACAACUUAUCACAUCCCGCGUCAAAUAUGAUCAGCUCGGUUAAUUCUUCAACUGGAAAAUACAUUCCACCGUAUUUGAGAUCCCCAACUUUUACGAAAUCACCAGUCGUGGCUCCUUUGACCGAGGAGAUAGAUAAUUUAAGUUUGAGCAAUGAUUAUGAUGAAGUAUUUCAUUUGGAAGAUGAUUUUGACCUCGGAGGUUCUAAGCCCGAGCCCCCCAGCAGUGGAAUUCAAUUCAAGAAACCUAAUUUCCGGGGGCUUAACAGUACCACUCCAGACUCCAUGUCAGAUGCCAGUAUUAGAAAUGGAAUGAUGUCAAUUCAUCAAAACAUAGUUCCAAACCAAGGGCUAAACGGUAGUCACGGCAAUGGGAGAAGAAAUUCGGUGCUCUCUGGAAAUCGGAGACCGAUUUCUGUUGGAUCCAACGCCUUUAAUGAUACGUCAAGCUCUUUGGGAUCAUGCUCAGCUGGUGGUAAGUACAUUCCACCGUUUAGAAGAGGAUCGCAAUCCAAGCCGAAACCAGAAAAGAAGGGAAUUGAAGAUCUUGCACAGAAAAUGACCAAUCUUGAAUUGAACGAUUUAAACUCGUUCAAAGCAAGUUCCGUACCUGUUAAUGGAUCAUUUGAUUGGCUCUCUUCUUACAAAAAGGAUUGGAGUGAUUAUGACUAGCUGAAGUGAUCCGGUUUGCUUAUUUUUGGCUUCCCUGCUUCAUGGCUUGGAUUUAGCUUGAAAGAUUUAUGAUAGGUCUAUAGUUCAUUUCAUUAAUUUCAGAGUCGGUAUCACGAUGUAGAGUUGAAAUGAAGGAUCCAUGUUCUCGAUGGUAUCCAGACACUGAUGUCCUUUCACAAGCCCACGUGUGGUAAUAAUCGAUGAUUUUCUAGUAGUUGUAAAAUAU